UUCAUACAUGCAGGAGCAGCGGAAAACAAUACCCACAAUUACACUGCAUCAGAGAGCUGUCAGAAAAGUUUAACACAGUAUUAUCAUGCCUUGCAGAGGAAAGAAACAUGGGCUUGGAAAAUGUAUGAUGCUACAGGAAAGCAGUCUUCUGGAAUUUUCUGGGGCGCCACCACCUGGACUGGCAACUAUGAGGAGUGUCUGAAUAUCAUGGUCGACCAGUGUAAGAUGUACCAGGGUGGGGCUUGCUCCCACUUGUCACAGCCCGCCCCCCAUUUCUGCAGCAUCCACAUGAAGAAUGCACCCUGGAUGCCAAAACUCAUCUCAUCUAUUCACCUGCCAUUCCCUGUCCCACCAAGCCCAUUCAUUGUUGAUGCAUGCCUACCUGUCAACUGUACCUCCAAAGAUAUUCACAGUAUUGUGGAUGCCUUUUUAAGAAUUGAUGAUUUUAAUGACAACAUCACAGUGAAAUCAGUCCUCUGUCACCAUAAGACUAAUAUAACAGAGGAUGCUCCAGCUUUUAUUUGCUUGAUUAUUUUAUGCAUAAUUUUGGCCAUGGUUGUGUUUGGAACAAGCUAUGAUAUCUAUCGUCGUCGAAACAAACUUCGCAUUAAACAUGGCCCAGAGAUCACAAUAGGAUAUGAUAAAGAAUCUGAACAUUAUGGGAUUUUAAAGAUACUAGUGAAUCCAAGGAAACGCAGACGCCGCCGAGCUACACUAUCAUCAUCUGAUCACAUGGAUCAUGAAGUAGACAAAAGCCAGCAGGGAAAUGGCGGGGCAAGUUUUAAAAGUAUAUCAGAGGCCAUCACAGCAGAAGAAACUGUACAGCUGACAUCUUACAACAGAUCCUUGAGCACCUCACCCCCUCAUGGUGGACAUUUUGAACUUGAGGACAUUCCAGAGGGGAGAGAACUGAAAGACAAAAACCAGAACACCACAACAUCUAUGAACAAUGUCAACGGCGCUGAUGGUGAUGGAAUUGACAUGAUGUCAGAUGACGGCUUCAGUGAUGUCACUGAUACCACAGAGAAAUCACCAAUGGCAGGUGAAAGAAACUCCAUUGUUUUCACACCUAAAGUCAACAGACAGCAUAGUAUUGUUGAGGUCAGGCCUUCACAUCGGUCCAAGAAACUUUCAUCCUCAGAUAAUAUUUUUACUGACCUGCUUUUGUCAUUCUCAUUUCGUAAAAAUACCCGUCACAUAUUAGCCGAUGGCUCAGUGGAUACGUUGUACUGUCUGAAUGGUAUCCGUGUGUUGAGCAUUGCCUGGAUUGUGUUAGGGAAUGUGUAUGGCACAAUUUUCCAGAACCCUGAUAUUGUAGACAACCAUGUUUCCGCUAUCAAACUAACCCAGACUUGGUGGAUGCAACUAGUCAUCAAUACAACUCUAGCAGCAGAUUCCUUCUUUGUUUUGAGUGGCACCCUUGGAGCUUACAACUUUUUAAAAAUCAAAACAAAGGCUGGUAAAAACAAGGAGAAGGACUGGAGGAAAGUUAUGAGCAUCAAGGAAUAUUUCUUCAUGAUUGUGCACAGGCUGGUCAGAAUCUUACCAUGCUAUGCUGUGCUGUUGAUGCUGGGGACCAACAUGAUGCCGUAUCUGGGUGAAGGACCUCGCUGGUCAACUGAGAUUAAGAACGUCCAAGUCUGUAAAAAAAACUGGUGGUCAAAUGUUCUAUUCAUCAGCAACUUCUACCAACCUGAUGACAUGUGCCUUCCCCACACCUACUACCUGGCUAAUGAUUUUCAGUUCUUCCUAUUGUCACCACUAGUUCUUAUACCACUUCUAAUCUAUCCUAAAAUUGGAUUGUCCUUGAUAGGAUUUUUUGUAACAGUCCAGAUUGUUGUGGUCAGUGUCCUAAACCAAGGAAUCAAUGGCAAUGUGUUAAAGUUGCGCAUGAACAACUACUGGUCACUGAUCUAUGUGAAACCUUACAGUCGCAUUGGGAUCUACUGCAUUGGUCUUGGACUGGGUUAUUUCUUAUUUGUUUGUGAUAGACAAAUGAAGUUUAGGAAGUUUAUCCUGUAUGGAGGCUGGAUACUGUCCUGUUUAGUCCUGUUCAUGUUGCCCUACAUAACCCACGUGGAGAACAGGGAGGGUGGUCAGCCAUGGACUGGCAUGCAAACAGCCAUGUACGAAGCUUUCUCUAGACCUGCGUGGGCUUUUGCUCUAGCCUGGGUUAUAUUUGCCUGCAGUACUGGACAGGGAGCUUUUGUGGGAAAGUUUUUAUCAUGGAACCUGUUUCUUCCUCUCUGUCGUAUCACAUAUGGUGUUUUCCUUCUUCACCCCAUUCUGAUACACGUGGUCAUUGAGUCUUCAUAUCAUAACUUCUACUUAAACCUUGGACAACUGUUAUACACCUACAUCGCACUGUUUCUGUGUUCCUAUGCACUGGCCUUUCUCCUGAUCUCAUGUGUGGAGUGCCCAUUCACAACCUUUGAAAGCCAUGUCCGUCUGAGGUUCAAAACCUGGAGAACCAAAAGAAAUUUCAAAAAUCUUCAGCGCCGUUGCGACCCAGCUUAGAGUAAGCAACCAACAAAGUGUAAAAGGGUAUCAAUAUUUGUUUGUGUUAAGCUAUUCAACUCCUAAGUUAUUUACUAAAUAACUUUGUGUGCUGUAUCAUACUUAAAUUGUUUUCUGAUUUCUGUUAGAUGUUUUUACAAAUGGCAUUUUAUACAUCUAUGUAAGUUUU